CAGAAAGUUGAUAGUACUUGUCAGCUACAUCGAUGUGUACAAAAGCAGAGCUAUGUGUUUCGGGGUUAGUUAGAUUUAGCUUAGUGUAUAUUCAUUCUCCGUGUUGUGCAGUAAGAUAGAAUAAAUCAAAGUACAUAUCUCUAGAAGUCGAAUAUACAGUUACAUUGCAAUCAUCGCCGUUACCCAUUAUCAGAGCAAAAUAUGUCGAUUUGAACUUUAAUUGAUAUCCAGUUUAUAAGUCAUCGUAAUUUGUUUAAACAUUAAACAAAAUAGUUUUUCUUUGCAAACAUAACGUAGAUUUUGGUCAUUUUUUCGAUAAAAGUAAGUUCAAAUAAAUGUUUAAAAGUUUCGGUUAAGUAUAUAAAACCUUGUGUUAAAAUUUAAGCUCUUAAUAUUACACAAGAGGCCAAAUGUCAACUUAUUGCUGACAAAACGAUUGCAGGAAAACUGAAGGAGUUCAGAAGGUAAUUAAAAAAAAAUGUUGGGAGCUUUACUGUUGGGAUUUCACGUAGUUUCCUUCGCCCAAUUUGCCUUUUCAGUUUAUUACGACUUCAAUUUCACCAUAGUUCCAAAAGAUGUCAUUAGGAAUUUCAGCGCCUACGGUGGCAAAUUCAAAUUUCUCACGUUUUGGGAUGCGAUAAUACAAGCUGUGUUUUUCCUGUUAUGCAUCCUUAAUGACAUUUAUGGAACUAAUAAAGUCGUACCAAAGGAAACCCCAUUAAUUCGACGAAUUAAAGAUUAUUUUCACGCAACGUUUAGUUUCCCACUUGCGAUGUUUGUAGGGAUAACAUUCUGGGCAUUGAUGUUUAUUGAUCGAGAGUUGGUACUGCCUAAAGUUUUAGAUCCAUAUUUUCCAUGGUGGUUAAAUCACUUAAUGCAUACCAUGAUAAUGGUAUCAACUGUAUUCGAAAUGUUGAUUGCACCGCGACAAUAUCCAGAGAAAAAGUCCGGAUACUUUGGACUCUAUGCUCUAAUGCUCACAUAUCUUGUAUGGAUACACGUGGUUUAUUAUAAAAGUGGAGUCUGGGUAUAUCCGGUUAUGGAGAUACUAUCAUUCCCGCUAAGAAUCCUAUUUUUCGUCACGUUAUUUGUGUUUGUUGGACUACUUUACUACGCAGGAAAUUAUUUUGAUAAUCUUAUAUGGGCUCGGGAAAAAUCUAAGCAUUAUAAAAAAAGUGCUUCCAAGUCUAAGUAACAUCACCUAAUAUCACCAAAAGAGAGUAUCAUGGACAAUUGUAUCGUUAGUCAUAAAGAUAUUUAUUGGAAAAAUGUAAGUCUCACCAACAAUAUACAAAAGAAAUUUGAAUGAUGCUCUGACUUUAUUUAACGGAUUCAUAAAAAUGUUUCAAUAAUGAAAAGUGUUGUUACUAAGAAUAUUUAGACAGUGAAAUUAAUUAAUGAUAAUAUGUUAAUGUUUAAUUGCGUUAGAAAUACUCUAUGAUGAUCAACUUCUUGAUCAUAACCCCCUAUCAUCACUUACGUUAUUGAUAAUUCAAUGCCACAAGUGAUCACAGUUGUUAAAAAAAAUCCAAUAAGGGUCUAAGUACAUAAAACAAUAUUACUUAAUUUUGCGAACAGUGUUAUAAAAUAACUUGGGGAAAAAUAACCUAGAUAUUCGAUCAAAGGUAAAAACGUUCUCUAAAUGAAAUACUUGUGAUGACCUAUAACUUAAUUAAAAUAUUGUAGUGCCUAAAUAUUCUGCCGGUUUACAAGGCAAUUUAGAGAUCUUAUAGAAUAAAUUUCGUUUUGUAAAGAGCUUUUGUACAAUUAUAGUAUAUUAUAAAAUUUAAAAAGAAAAAAAAUAUAAAUAAAUGUAAAAUAAGUGUAUUAACAUACUUUUUUUUACUAGAAAAUGUAAAGAAAUAAAAUAAUAAAAACAA